UAUACACCCCAAACAAACAUAUUUAAAUAUGGAUCAAAACACAAUUGACGCAGAAAGAUUUUUUGGCUACGUUCCAAGCAAACCUCUUGCUAUUGUUGGUGCGAUAGUCUAUGGUGUAAUUGCAGUAUUAAUAUUUGCUCGUCUCUAUCUCUCGAAGUCUCGCAAGUUCUUAUAUAUUCUUCCUGGUACAGCAAUCGCCGAAUUGAUUGGUUAUGCAAUACGAGUUGUUACAACAAGCCAAGUCUCGUUAGGUAGCUACGUCGGUAUGACUUUCUUCUUGCUUUUAUCUCCUAAUGCUCUUGCCUUGGUCAAUUAUAAAGCUACUGGCGAAAUUAUUCGGUUAUCCAAUGUCGAAGCUAAUCAUUUCUUCCUUAAGCCUAAGUUUGUUACUUGGUUCUUCUUUUGGAGUGACUUUCUUGCUUUCUUCUUGCAAGCUUCUGGUGGUGGUCUUCAAGCACAAAGUGACCCUGGGAUGUUCAAGAUUGGUCAAGCUGUUGCACUUGUAGGUUUGGGCGCACAAUUGGUUUUCUUUGCUUCUUUCGGCGCCAUUACAUAUCAUGUCCAUCAUAACCCCAAAUACGGAUACCAUGUUGAUGGCGUUACCAAUCCCAAGGAAAAACUUUGCAGAGUUCUUUAUGUUACAUUAGUCCUUCUUUAUAUUCGUUCCAUCUAUCGUGUUGCCGAAUAUGCUGGUGGUCGUGACGGUGUAGUUGCCACAACUGAAUGGGCUUUCUAUAUCUUUGAUGGUCUUGCCAUUGCUCUUUCUUUUGUCUUUUAUUUCUUGUUUAACAUUGGUGCUUAUCUUCCAAAGAAUGGAUCUAUUGAAACUAGCUCUGCUACUCGCUUACAAAACUCUUUUGAUAUGCAACAUAUUGAAAAAGGACAAAAUGGUCGCGAAGACGCAAGAAUGUACCAAACAAACAAAUAGACUAUUCUUUUCUUUUUCUCUAAUAUUUUCAUCUGUAAUAUACACACAAUAAACAUGUAUUCAUGAUAAAAUUGACGUUUUUACUACAUAAGAGAGAGAAAGGUUGGCAUUAAGCUUUCAUUAAAAAAGGCGUGUCCGAAUACAUAUGUAUGCAGCCCCAAGAAAAAAAAAGUAAUUAGUGUUUUUUUUA